GCCCCGGAAGCUUGUAUCCAUGUAUCACAGACCGCUCAGACAUAUUGUGAUCUGUAUAAGCAGGUCUGGGGUACCGAGAAUGGGCCAGGCUCGCAGGAUGACGACGGGCAAUACGACGCAGGAUAGCAGAAGUAUACAUUCCGGUAAUAUCUCCGAUGUGCACAGCAUCCCCAUGCGAGUCCUGAUCCGACCCAUCCCAUCCGAACUGGAUGAGGGCAAGGUGCAGAGUCUCGUGGACACCCUGCAGGAAGAUGCAGACCAGGUGCCCCCUAUUGAUGUUCUCUGGAUCAAAGGUCGCAACGGAGGCGAUUACUUUUACUCAUUUGGCGGAUGUCAUCGUUACGCAGCACAUCAGAGGCUCAACAGAGAAACUAUAGCGGGCAAAAUUAUCCAGUCUUCUAUCAGUGAUCUACGUACGUACCUGGGUUCCAGCACACCUGACCUUCAAUAGCCCAGAGUUCAGAAUCUACCAUGUGGAGAAAAUUAUUAUUUAUCAUAUGUACAUUGAAUGACACAUUCCUGAGCCCGACCAACGCAUGACUCCCUAUGCCUUUCAUGGAUUUCUCUAUGCUAGGCCCUCAUUUAUCAUCAGUAAGUAAAACAGAAGCUGUAUGGAUAAAGACACAGCCGCCAAUGAGGCACAACCCUGCACUGUACCAUGAAAGUAAAAAAAAA